AUGUCGGAGAUUCAAAAGCUGAAAGACCUUCUUAGUUCUGAGUUUGAUAUGAAAGAUCUAGCAAAGGCUCUCAAUACUCUUGCAGCUGUUACUGAUCAUUUGUCUGCAUUCGCACCCCAGUCUGAAGCUGAGAAGUUAUACAUGUCUAAUGUACCGUAUGCUAGUGCGGAACACUGGCAAGCGGUAAAACGAAUAUUUCGCUAUCUGAGAGGCACAUCCGAUGUUGGUCUCAUUUAUGGGAGUAAUAACCAGUGUCUCGUAACUGGUUAUUCUGACUCAGAUUAUGCUGUAGAUAUCGAUGGUAGAAGAUCAAUGACUGGUUAUGUUUACACCCUUGUUGACUCUGUAGUUAGUUGGAAGGCAACAUUACAGUCAACGGUGACGUUGUCCACUACCGAGGCUGAGUAUAUGACGCUAACUGAAGCAGCCAAGGAAGGUAUAUGGUUGAAAGGAUUAAUCAGUGACCUUGGUAUCCAUCAUGAUCAGAAUCAAAGUGAAGAAGAUCAGCACACAUCAUAA